UUGGGGGGCAGAGCGCAUGCGCGAAGGCGCGUGUCGCGUCUUUCUUUCCUUCCGCUCGCCGGCUGUAGACCGGUAUUUCAGGCGAUGGCGGCUUGGCCCGGCUGCCUUGGGGCGACGACAACGACGCUGCUCCUACUGCUCCUAGCCGGGUCAUGGGCCUCGGAGGUGACCGGGGCAGGCAGCGGGGAGGCCCUGGCUGCCUCUGUUGCCGCCGCCGCCGCCUCCUCCUCCUCCUCCGGGGAGAGGUUUAAGAUCGAGGGCCGGGCGGUGGUUCCCGGGGUGAAGCCCCAGGACUGGAUCGCGGGGGGCCGGGUGCAGGUGGACGGCGAGGAGCACGUCGGCUUCCUCAAGACAGAUGGAAGUUUUGUGGUUCAUGAUAUUCCUUCUGGAUCUUAUGUAGUUGAGGUUAUAUCGCCAGCUUAUAAAUUUGAACCAGUACGAGUGGACAUCACUUCAAAAGGGAAAAUGAGAGCAAGAUAUGUAAAUUACAUCAAAACAUCUGAAGUAGUCAGACUGCCAUAUCCCCUUCAAAUGAAAUCUUCUGGACCACCUUCUUAUUUCAUAAAGAGAGAGUCUUGGGGAUGGACAGACUUCUUAAUGAAUCCCAUGGUUAUGAUGAUGAUCCUUCCAUUGCUGAUCUUUGUAUUACUGCCUAAAGUUGUCAAUACAAGUGAUCCUGAUAUGAGGCGGGAAAUGGAACAAUCGAUGAAUAUGUUAAAUUCUAACCAUGAGCUGCCUGAUGUGUCAGAGUUCAUGACAAGACUUUUCUCUUCAAAAUCUUCUAGCAAAUCUAGUGGUGGUAGCAGUAAAACAGGGAAAAGUGGUGCAGGAAAAAGGAGAUAGUUGUUUCUUCUCUUGGAACCACAAUUUGCACAGCUCUGUUACGUGGUAUCUGUACGUUCUGUGGAAGAACAAAAAGCCACUAUUGUAACCUUAAUCCAAUAUGAAAUUGGAUAUGAUACAACUGUUGUAUGUGGUGUAGCUUUUUAACCUAUUUAAAUCUUGUUCUUUAAGCACAUGCAUGAAGGGACAUUGCUUUAAUUCUGUAUCUCUGUAAGGUCAAAACAGGUGAAGACUUAACUCCUUUGUAGAGAAUGAUAUUAAAAAAAAUUAAAUUAUGUGCAA